GUGUGCGGCACCGGGCUGUGAUUUCUCUGGCUGGCCAUUUUGAAGAGCAGAGAGGCAGCAGCAAUGUGAUGACACUGCGCUAACUCGCAGGGAGCUGAUUGUCUGACAGCGUUACGGCGUUACAGGCUCAACCCCCCCCGUGUUAUCAACCACAUUUCAGCCAGCACCUAUUUGCAUGCUCGACGUAACGUGUCUGGUUGGCUACUCGUUUUGAACGACGGUGAAUAUGGCGAACACUAGGUUUUUGCCACAGAAACUAGCUUGCUAACAGGCCAACCAGCAAUUUCUUUUAUCGUCAUACCUGUUUGAUAAAAAACAACAGCAGCGUUUUAAUGUUUCAUACCGAUAUCGAUGUUUGUAACGACGUUUACAUCACCCUGUAACGCUCCAACGGUCAAACAGGUUAGCGACCGUAGCCAUGGAAAUAGUUCAAACAGAUCAACGGUCGUUCCGAUACGUCUCGAGACAAUUUAAUAACGUUCAUGCUGCGUUCACUGGCCGUAUAGAGCUGCGUUAACUGACAUGUCAAAGGUUAAUUCUGUCAAAAACAAUACGCCUCAACUUGAGCCAGCAUCCCUGAGGCCUGCCAGACUUCACCACAAUUAUCAGAAUUCAUUAAUGCGUUGACAAGGAAAUCCAUUAACCGACUGCGCUAUAAUCGGUCAGUCUAGUGGAUUUUUGCGCUUGCUUUGUCAAACCCAGCAGGUCGUAAAGUGGACGGAUCUACCUGGCUAAGCUGCCCCUGCUAACGUUAGCCUCCCUGACAAGCUCGCUGCUCUCGCGAUCACCUGAACUAAUAAUCUCCAUUUCCCCUGCACUAUUAAAGUGUACCUCUACUGUGGACACGUGAGUAUCAAUAGACUACAAAUAUAUGCCACGAUUAGUUUUUGUUUACCUUCAGGGUGGGAUAUUCUUGGACUUUGAGAGCCAUGGACAGUUGAGAUGCUGUCUCUUGCACCGCCAUCUUGGUUUUAUGGUUUUCUUGUGGUUGUUUGUGUUUUUUUCUAUCAAGUCAGAAUGGCCUGGCUGCUCACUACCGCCACCUGGCGAGACGGUGUCGGCAUUAACCGUGUGUAUGUGGUGCUUUGUUUGACAUUAUUCGAUGUUUUUCUAAUCAAAUGUGACUCCAGAGGAACACUUUGUUGAAACUAAGUUAAAACAGCGGGUUCAUUUACUAACAGUCAAUAUCAGGUUGCCAUAGAAACAAUCUCACUAAUAGAUUGGCCAUGUUUUAUGACAAUUCUGGAGCUUGUUUAAACGUCACAUUUUCUACAUGAGCAGAUUGCUGGAGCAAAUCUCCUGUUGCCAAUAAUUGAAAUUAUAGGAGUUAAAUUUACAGUUUUAAAGUGCACUUCAUAGCCUCUGUGAGGAGACUGAAUGAAUACCAAUGCCUCUUGGUAGGGCAGGGCUAUAUGGACCGAAAGUCAUAUCCCAAUAUAUUUAGGCUGAAUAUCGAUAUAUGAUAUAUAUCCUGAUAUUGUUUUCACAAAGUGAGAGCAAAUGUUUAGUCACAGUCAAAGCCAAAUACAACAUGUCACAAGUAGUUCUAUUUAAACUGGCCAGAUGAAAUUAUGCCCAGCUGUUCAAAGAACAAUAAAAUGUAAACAUAAAUACUGUAUAACCACAGGUGUACCUUUUUUUAAAAAAAUUGGAGCUCCAUAAGGUAUACAUUUAAAUGAAAAAUAUAUCAUAAAUAAGAAUAGCCCAUAAAUUAAAAUAGGCCAAUCUUUUUCUGAAAUAAAUGUAUUUAUAUGGGAAAAGCAUCAACAUUUUGACAACUAUAAAUGGCCUAUUAAAAUCAAAUGGCAGAUUUUCUUCUCCUCUUUAACAAAAGAAUUAAAUAUGACAAACCCUAGUAAGGGCAGCAUUUACAUGUAUAAAGACAGAACAAAAUAAAGUGCUCAGUUUAAGAAAAUUGUUUGUAAACAUCAUUUUGAGAUUACCUGUCUGUCUUUCUUUUCUUCUUAACAGUCUCAACCAGUUGCACGAGACUAUGAACUCGUUAAACAUUUCCCCCUCUUCUUUCUUUUUUACUUUGAUAAACAGUUAGUGCUGUCUUAAGGUCGACAUUAGAGGACAGACAAGUGUGUCCUUCUUCGUUUGAAGAUUUUGUGUGAGAAACACCAACCUGUCAACAACAGCAUCUAUAUAUUCGUAAUAUCUAUAUAUGCGAUAUGGUCUAAUUCCAUAUCUCAUUUAAAAAUAUAUCGAUAUAUUUCUUAUAUCGAUAUAUCGCCCAGUCAUACCUCUUGGGAGUUACAAAAGCAAGUGAAAUCAUCAGCAAGACUAUUUCUGCAAGGUUACUUUGAUCAUUGAAACCAAAUCACACAAAGGCAGAAAAAGACAAAACAGCACCCUGAAGAAAAAGCCAAUUAAUAUGCUUCAGUGGUUUACAUUUGUUGAGCGAAAUAUUUGACUGUUAACUCACAGCAGUCUGCUUUUUUGUUAGAAUAAGAAGGAGCGAGAACAAUCGGGUAUUUUUAAAGGCAUUAUUAGUCAACUAUAUAAGGUGGUGAUGCUUGACAUCAGUGAAGAUGAAGCAGUCAUUAAUCAAUAUCAAGAAACAAGGUAUAAAUGUAGUUGCAGACAGCCACCUUCAAUUAAGUGGAAAACUUAUUACAGAAAUAUAUUUAUCAUCAUCAAUAUUGUAUUUCAUCAACUGACAAGAAAUGACUUUUAAGUUUGAAAUCAAACUUUCCUCCUAUAAUCAGCCCCCUACAUAUGUAUUUCCCCUGUAAUUAAAAUGUAUUAUCUCUAGUGUGUGUAUAUAAACAGGAUAUACAGUGGAAACAGUAUGAAAAACCCCUACACAUUUCUAGAUCACAGCAACAUUUCUUUUCCUGUGUGAGCGAGAACACCCGCCCCCCAGUUGUGUUAAACAUAUUGCCACUGGGUGCUGUCCAGUAUCACACUGUGCCGAUUGGCCGAUGCAACCUACAAUGCCUUACAAUUGGCCCAUUAUCUGCCUCAUGGCCCUCCCUCACACAGCUUUGGAACAGCAUGUGUAAGAGAGGACAUAAACACAGAGGAAGGAGGUGUAAGGUUUGGGAUAUGUAUUUUUGGCCUAUUAUCACAAGUUUCCUUUGUGUAAUUUUUGUAUUAGUGUAUAUGUGUUCACAAAUCUGUGAGUUUAGGCGAAAGCGGCAGCUGUGCUAACAAUUGGCUCUGGACUAUGUUUAGGUUUGGGGGAGAUAACUCUGUGCCAAGUCAAACAAGAGGGACACGACUGCACUUGUGUGUUCUUGCACUGUGAAUUUUUAUUUUUUAUACAGCUAUGGUGCUUUUUUGAUUUGAAAAGAGGCACAAAAUCCUUUUUUGAUAGACCUUAAAUCAGAAUUAUAAAAUGUCACACAGAAAUCAUUGACCUACAGAAAAGCCUUACCCUGACAGAGAUAAUUCCAUAUCUCAUCACAUUUAAGGCUUUAUUCUGUUGAUUUUAUUAAUUAUUCUUCAUUCUGGCUAUCUUCACAAGCACCUCUUAGGGCUCAAAAAUACAUAAGAUCUAGAGCCAAAUUUACUUAACGUUGUUCAUAAAGAGAAAGUGCUUCUUAUUCAACAACAGUAUAUAAUCAAUAAUAAAACAACGAAAAAAUCAAAUUGUUCCAGGUUUGCACCAUAAAUGCAAACCUGGAACCGUUUUGCAAAACAGUUUCCUACCCUGGUCUUUGUGAAAAAUGUCCCAAUUUAAAUAUGCAUGAUGGGAAAUUGAUAAUGAAUUAAUUAUUUGUAAUUUUAGGCAGGGGCAGAAUGAGCCAACACUGGCUUUCACAGGCACGACACGAAGUACUGGGAGUGCAACUAACUACUAUUUUUAAGGUCGACUUGUCCUUGAGUGUUGAAAUGAUAAACUGACAAACAGCAUGAAGAACUGCUCAAUCACUCAGGCCUAACAGCUUGGAAAUCCUCGUUAGCUUGGCUUUUAAAUAUGGUGGUAAUGUUAAGACUAAUUAUUUUUAGUUUUAUGUGUAGGAUGGUUACUAUUUCAAUAUCUAUGUAAUUAUUUUGUAAUUGUCCAACAAAGCUUCUCGCCAGGUGUGCUCACUCAUUAUCUUUUGUGGUACCAUUAUACACACCUCACUCCUCUGCAAUUUUACAGUAGAAAACAAUGUAAGGAAUAGACAGCAUGAAAACACAUGCCAUGACUAAGAUGUUUGAUACAAAAUUUGCCAUCAAUUUUUGUUGACGACAUCUGUGAAGUUCAUGUGCACACAUAAAUUAAUCUAUAGUUCUGAUUUUGUUUAAUUAUACCUACUUAAAUGACUGACAUUAAAGUAUCACACAGAGUAUAUCAGCAGUCAUGAGCUGAAGCUUUGAUGAGAUAAGAUGCCGCAUUUAAUACCAUUUCUCUUGGUAAGUAAAUAUAUUGAAUGUACUUUGUUUUGGACUGAUGUGAUUGGAAAAAUAACUUAAUAAAUACCUUUGAGGUUUUGAAACGUCCUAUGAAUGUCCUAAUGGUAAAUGAUUUUAUGUAAGCGACACCUUAAUUGUCAUUACAAUCAUGUUAUUUAAGAUAAGAUUUUAAGGAGGAUUGAUUGUCCUCUGGUCCUGCUGAGGAAGCUGACAUGAUCUCUAACCUUAAGCUUUUGUAUAGUAACAUUGUAUUGAGUGCAGUCGGUUCAUUGUGUACAUAAAACCUUCUAUGAGAUUGAUCUUCAUCCCAUGCUCCCCCCUUAUCCUCCUCCUCAUCGCUCACUCUGCUGCAAUCCACCUUCUUUGUUUCUGCUGUUUUUCAGCUCUUGCCCUCUCAUUUUUCCUCCUGUGACUUCAAUCUGUUUUCUGACAACAUGUACCUUAAUUCAUCUCUUUUGUUUCUUUCCUCCCGGUCAAACCUAUUUUAUCUCCUUUCGCUCAGUUCAUCCUCUCUCCUCUGCUUAUCUUUAACUCUUGGUGAGAUCCCUCAUGCAGGCAGCACCUGUCUCCCCUUAUAGCAGAUUAGAUUUCUAUUUUCUCCUCUAUCUGUUCCCUUUCCUGUGUAGUGGCAUCCACAUUGUUCUGCAGCAUGCUGUCAGUCUCUAUAAAUCAAAUUUUCCGUCUGUGUGUGCCUGCAUCUGUACGAGCUGUAGGGUAAGAGUGCAUCUGUUGGGCUGGGUGCAUUUCUUGUAAUGCAUUUUAUCUGUUGCUGCAUGCUUGGUUGCUGCUGUGUUUAUUUGCAUUGUGUAUUUGAUUUGAAACCUGUAUCCACAGUUUUCCUGUGCAGUUGUUUUUGCAUGUGACUGCUUGUGUGAGUUAACAUUAAUUUCUCUGCGAACAAGCUUCUAUCACUGUAAUUAUGUGUGAUUGUGAGUGUGUGUGUGUGUGUGUUUGUGAUAGCUCCAGGUUUAGCUGGCUGGCUGUCAGUCUUGAUAAGGCCAGCGGUUGGGGGGUGGGGGGGUUAGUCGGUGCUGCGGCUCGCCUGGCCUCCACUUGGUGGAUCUGCUGAGAAAGAGCUGAACCAUUAGACACGCUGCAGUGACUACUGAGAGACGGAGAGAUUGGGUAGGAGGGGAGAGGAGUGUGGGGAGGGGGUGGAGAUGGAAAAAAGAGUUGGAGAGAUGCGGGAACGAAGAGCUUUUUUUUGGGGGGGGGGGGGAGCGUUGAUGGAGUGUGGAUCAGAUUGAAAGAGAAAUUUAGGAAAGAUAGAUGAUGAAAAAGCAAGCUGGGCUGAUGGAAAGCAGGAGGUAAGGAGAUAGAGAAGACAGAGAGAGGGAGGUAGAAGGCAGGCAGGGGGGAGGUGAGGGAGUGAGAGUAGAGAAAAGAUGUGGAGUGAUAAAAUGAAGACAGAGUGUCACUGUUAGAGUCCAAACUCACACAUUAAUAGUGUGACUCUCUGCCUUGUUUGCACCCGUUUAACCCUGAGCUUUGUAUCGAAAUAAACGAAAUGUAAGGCAGCCAAAUCGCUUUCCUUGCCUCACUUCCUAUGUACUCCACUUUUCCCUCAUGAGCAGCAUUAAAUAAUCUGCCCAUCAUGAUUUGUUUCUUCCUUCUAUUCUUUCACUCUGUGCAGCUACAGAGGCGCUCCGGUAUUGUCUUUCCACUCUGUCGUCUCCUCUCUCCAUCCUUAUUUAGAAGCACUGUGUUUCAUGUGUUCUUUAUCUCCUGGGGAACAUUAGUUUCUUGUGUGAAAGAAGUGGUUGCCAUCGGCUCUGUCGACACAAUAAAUGUGUCUGAAGCGUCUCACAUUACUGGCUCCGGGUUGUCAGUUUGGAUUUAGAAUGAGAACUCAACCUCGACCAGCACCUUGUCUUUGUUACACAGGUAACUGGCACUGCUGGUAUUGAAUCCUUUCAGACAUGGACCUUACAGAAAUGUGUAGAGUAAUAAUAAAUAUAGAGCUGCGGAUGUAAUUUAGGGACUGCAGGUAUUCGGCCAAUAAAACAGGCAUUAUUUGUUGGUUUUAAUUUAGUUGUUGUGGCAGGACACCUCCCACCUAUGAACAGCAAGUGGCUAACACGUUUUUCAGUGUGAAUAAAGUAUUUAACACUCCCUCACAAAGCUCUUAAGUCCCUCAACAUUUAUUUGUAGUUCAGUACAAUAGCUUUUUUAAGACAGACUAUAAAAACCCCCCCACAUAGUCUUGGCGAAGUCAAUAUUUAUUUUAUGCAGCAACCUACAAUGGUUGGAGUAAUUUAACACAAGGAAUAAAGAAGCACAGCGGAUGCAGAAGAAAGAAAAAAAAGUUCAUGUAGAGAGGCUGGCAAGAAAGGUAGAGGAGUAAAAAAACAAAGACCUGACCUAAACCAAAGAGAGCAGCCAGAAAUCCCCCUUAAGUUAUUUAAGUAGCUAACAAAAAACACACUUAUGUAACCAAGAUACUUAUUUUAAUCUUUACUGAAGAUUAUUUCAGCAACACUUAAACAAAGUGCUUAACAUCUACUGAAUGUCAGACUAAUAAUCAACCUACGCAUCGUACAGGUAUGAGGUAGUGUUGGCUUUCUCCUCGAGGAAUAAAAUCUUAAUGACCUUCCAAGUGUUUAUGUGACAAACACAUUUUCAAAGUCUGAAACCUCAGACUUCACGUACAUGUUCUCAAUGUCCGAACCUCGAGUUUAUUCAGAGCGGCUGUCACUGCCUCCUAAAGUUCAAAAGGUGACUGCAAGUCAAGUUUUGCAAGCUAAUUUCCUGUUUCCACUCUUGCUACAGAUAAUGAUUUGAAACUUCCCCUCUUGUCAAAGUCUACUGCAUUGUAAAAACUGGCAUUAAAGUGCACAUGUAGAGAUAAUACAUAUACAGCAUAUAGAUAAAGUAUUUUGAUAUAUGUGUAUAUAUGAAGGGUUUGUGACAUGUAAUGUUGUGAUGAAGUGAGCAUGGUCUCUCGGACAGUAACAAUUAAUUAGUGAACUGCAGUUUUGAGGCCAAAGGUCAGCUGUUACCGUAUUGUUUUUAUUGGACCCAUAGGCGACUGUAUUUGAAUUGGUACUAAUAUAUAGCAAUGCCUGUAUAAAGGAAUAUGAAGGACAACACGUUGUUGUAGUAGCAACCCAAAGUAGCCACACCUUGACAGAUUAUUUUACUCUGAAUGGACUAUUAAUUAGAGAAAGAAUUGAAGGAAAUUCGGGACUACUGAUUGUAACCAAAACUGUUGAAUAUUUGUUUACAAAGCUAGUAAAUCAAGUAAGGAAAAGGCUGAUCUAUCCUAUAUCUCCAUACACUCAGAUUCUUACUCGCAACCAGUGUGGGCUGUUAAAAGACGGCUAAUUUAAGGCAAGUUCAGACAUGCCACUCUGAUUAAGAAUACUCCUCAAUUUAAGACAAGUGACAGUGACCAGUGAGGGGGUUGGUGAACGUCUCUGUGAAUCGGUUGCAGGUGGUGCAUCAGUCAGUACUUCACAACUGUCACUACUAAUGUAGGCUGAGCUCCGCUACUGGACUCUAUUUAGGAGAAACUGGUGCUGGGAGUGAGAGAAACACAGCUGCACAGAAACUGCACAUUGAUGAAUGCAAUAGGGGUCUUUAUGCAGCAAGGUAGUUUAAACCUUUUAUUUUUUGGGAGAUCUCAAGAAUAGACUGUGUCUUAUAAACUGGAACCAUUUAAAUUCUGGAUUCUAUGUUUUCUUUUUUUAAAUACCCAGAAGUGUGUGAUUACAUGUUUUGUGUUACACUAGAUUAGCUUGAGCAUUUUCUGCCUGUUUGAGGAAUAACUGAGUCAGGUCUCCUUCCUCUGUGACUCCUCUAUCUGUCACCAUCAUUGAGUGAACACAUGUAGAGUCACAGUGAGUAGUGGUGUUGGUGGCAUUUGCCUGCAGCUCUCACAAAGAAAGCUGUCACAAAACAUGCCAAAUGCAAUUUCCUUUUGAGCCGUACACAGAGUUACCUCCUAGAGUCUUUCUUAGGCGUUAUCCCCAUCAGAUUCCUAUGCUCUGUGACUCAGUCAUGAACACAGCAACUACAGAGUAGUGCCUGCAAAAUUCAGCAGGAUUUAUUUAUCAAAGAAAUAUCCCCUCUUCAAAGGGAUCGUGAAUUCUUUUGCAGAGACCUGCUCCACUGUCUAAAUAAAGCAGAGAAUAAGGAGGAGCUUGUUGCUGAUGUUCCUUUGAAGAGGAAAUUUAACAUUUCUUAAGCUAAAUCUGUUUAAUUUUGUGUUUAUGAAAAACAGCAGCCGACAGACUGGCUGAGGAGAAUGGUGGGGGUGAUCACAUAUGACAGGGUCGUGAGUCACCCUCCUAACAGUGUGGAAAACAACAGUUUGUCUGACCCUCUGCCUGUUUUUUGGACUCGAACCACUCGCCCACCGGCCGUCUGUGACAUUUACCAAUAGUGAGGAUGUGACGUAACCCUCAUUGCCUUUCAACUAGGUUAGAGCCUGGCAGUUGGGGUGGGGGUGUCUGAGGCUGAUUAUAUCACUGUGGUUAUCAAGUGGCCAAGUGGAGAAAGAGUAACCGUAACAUCAGAGCAGCAGGAAUAGAAAGAGCCUGAGCAGGUGUGAAAGUGAUCGCCAGACAGAAGCAAAGAGAAGAAAAGUUGAAGAGAGAAAGUGAUAAGAUGCCCCACCUGUCAUAUCUUCAUAUCAAAAGUACAAUUAUAUAUCAAAGGAGUCAAAAGAGGAAGAGAUACUGCCCAUGCCAAGUCACACAUAACAUUUUUUUAGGUUGCUGACGGCUUCAUUAUUUGUCUUUUGGCAGUAAUCGGCAUCAUUUAUCAUUAUACAGAAGUAAUGAGACGACAUCUGACUAUGUGUUAUUUCAAAACAGUGUUCUCAGGUGUUCUGUGUGGAAUUAUAAACCUGAAUUUGUUUUGGAAACAGCCACAAAAUGCGCAGAUGAAGAGAAAAUAUUGCGAAUACGACAGAAACUUUUUUUUGGACCUGUUUAAUAACACAAGUAUUUAAAGGAAAGUGCUUCAGGUGAUACUUAAACAAUCAGGUGAAAGUAAUGAAAUUUUAGGACCAAGUUAAUUCUGACCUAUUUUACUGAAUUGACCAUUUCUAUGUCACGGGUUUGUCUAUAAAAGUUGGUUUGACAACAGCAAGUGAGCUUUAGGGUGAUAUUGAUAUUUUCAGUCAAACAUCAGUAUCAGCAAAUAUCUGCUCUGUUGACAGUCAUCAGAACGUCAACAAAAAAUGUGUCAUGUACCAAUUUCAGCUGGCGAUGUUAAACUGAAUCCUGUUUCCUCCCUUUAUCUAUUACAUCAGUUUCAAGCUGUAAAGCUAUUAUGCCUUGCUGUCGUUUCAAAGACGUAAUGCAGAAAACCCAAGUAUUGGCUAAACAGCUCAUUUUAACAUCGAUAUCAGCCCCAAUCUUCACAAUCUCUAACAUCCAAUAAUGUGACUGCUGAUUCUUGAAAACACCUCAGUAUGACCAACAUGGUGAAGCUUGUUGAUGGUGUGUGUCAUUCAUUAUUGUGUGGACUCAUCACUGCAUCACCAUAUCAGCCUUACAUUCUUGGACAAUACCGGGAAUUUACUUUUUAAAUCAGUAUCUACCAAUAUUGAAGUUUCCUUCGGAGAUAAAUAAAGUUCUUCUAAUCUUAUCUUUCCAGUAUUAUGCCAAUGAUACUGCGCAUUAUACCUCAGAGUAACUGUAAGGCCAGGUUUAUAUGACAAGUGCAAGUUUUGAUCUUCAUGCCCUUCUCCUACAUACCUGUCCUAUAACAAGGUUUUCAAACUGUUCUGUACUAUGACGUCUGAAUGAGCUCUCACACAUUUUGAUGUCAUAACUGAUUUGUGUUUUCAUAAAGGUACAAAAUAGACUGUUUGAAAAGCAAAACCACAGAUUAAGUUUGGGUUUCCCAUUGUUUAUUUAAAACAUGCUCUGAUUUAUGUUUCAACACGUCCUUGCCCUUUUUAUAAUUAAGUUUAUGAGCUUUGAUAAUAGUUUCCCUUGGAGCAGAAAGAACAAGUUUUUCCUCUCUUGCUACAGCCUUGUAAUUGCAUAACUCUUCUUUCUUCUUCCCCUCCCUGUCGUCUUUCAGGAAACAAAAGAUGAAUUUUGGCCGGCGUUGGCUCCUCCCCAUUCCUGCCUUCUCUCUCACACACACUCUCUCCCCUGAACUGACUCUUUUUUUGCUCUCCUGCUCCUAUAAAUGCUGCAUUUGGUGUGCGCAACGUGUUUUUUUUUGGUGACAGAGACAGAGGGGGAGACGGAAAGACAGAGAGAUUAGCUGUUACAGAAAGUGAGAAAGGGGAGGGGUGGGAGGGAGCUAGAGACGGAACAGUGAGUGUGGGAGGGAGGGGUAAGGCAGAGAUAGAGAGAGAGAGAGAGAGAGCAGGCGGAAGGGGACGGAAGGGAAGGGAGGGGAGAGAGAGAGAGAGAAAGAGGGGGAGCACAUGUGUAUGCUUGUCACUGAGGGGCUGGGAGAAGGACUAAGGGAAGCGAGGUAGCUGGCCACAGCCGCCAUAUGCUGACUGGAUUCCUGUUCAUGUCUGCUGUGUGAAGACUGCAGGUUUGUGCUGCGCGCUGGCCGGCUGGGGAAAGCACCAUGGGAAGCUCACAUCUCCUCAACAAAGGCAUGCCUCUAGGUAAACAACUAGCACUCUGCUUUCAUGUGUGUGUGUGUAUGUGUGUGUGUGUGCGCCAAUAUUUAUGUACUCAGAGUACAUUAUUCCUCCUUCCUCCUCCCCCCUCCCCCUGCUCUCUCACUUUCUUCCUCUCCUUUUUUCCGUCUCCUCCUCCUCCUCUUAAUUCUCUCCCACUCUAUUAUCUUUUUCAUCGCUCAGCCUCUCUCGCGCCACACAAGAAUGGUUAGCCUUUUCUCUAGCUCCCUCAGUGCAUGUGUGUAAGAAGUGUGUGUGUGUGAGUGUGUGUGUGUGAAGAGGUAUAUCUCUGCUAUUGAAGGCUGCUUGAACACCUCCAUUUGUGGCGACAGAAAUAGAUCGCUCCCUCUCCUUUGAGGGGCCAGCAAGGACAUGACACAUAUUUUUCUUUCAUUCUGCUUCUUUAUUGAACCUUCACGCACACACAAAUCACACACACACACACACACACACACACACACACACACACACACACACACACACACACACACAGAUUAGGCAAUAAACUGACACACAUACUCAAGCCUGCACACAGCCGGAUUCACACACAGGUGACAGAUGCAUCUCAUGAUAGCAGCUGGGAAAGAAUCUUCUAGAAAAUGGGAUCCAGGUAGGGUGGCGAGGGAAUAAGAAGGUGGGGUGUGGGUGGGGGGAGUAGGUGGAGGUUUGGGUGUGGAACAGGAGGAGGAGAAAGAAGAGGAGGUGGAGGAGGGUGUGAGGAUGAAUGAUGAGCCACCCCUCAGAUGAAUCACUGUAUCUGUGGUCACCUAUUCUCUGGAUUUGUGGGGCAAUCUCCCCCCCAAAAAAAAGAAACCACAGAUUGUAAUCUGUGAUGUCAUCAACCCGCUGCAGGACUCGGCUCUUGAUGACAUCAAAGAUUAAAAACUGAAGUGGCGAUCUUUCCUUUCUCUUCCCAUCCUUGCUUCUGAUGGAUCUCUGUGGUCGUCGCUAACUAUGCCCCGAGAGCUCGAGAGUCCAAGGUCACAGGAAUAAUGGCCGUGAGUUAUGAUUCAGGGGGGGGGGUCUCCUUUUUAAGAUGCUCGUGCACCAGUCAAUGAUCGUGAAACUGAUCCGGUCAUUGGAUCUGUUUCAGCACAUGUAGGGGAUCAUUGAACCUUUGGGGUAGUGAAAGCAGGCUGUGUCUCUUCCUGAUUGAUGGAUGUUUGAUUGAUGUUGUAGAAGCGGGGGUCCUGUGAUCCCUGAGCGCUGACUCUAAUCUGAUUACAAAGGUGUCACCGGCACAUGUCAGUUACCCCCCAAAUCUCUGUGAUUCCCUGUGCAAAAGCCGACAUUAUCAUCUUUUUGUUCAGUCUAGCUUCUACCUGGUAAAUUCACGUGUGUUUGAAUCCGGAGAACAACUUCAUGAGCCGUUUUAAAUGUGAAGUAUGACGUGAUUCUUCUGAACAGCUCCAGGCAGUUUCCCACCAGGAGCCUUCACGCAGACACUUUUUAUUAUGUCAAAGGACAAAACUGAGCAGACUGCUCAUGUUAUGACACGCCGCCGACUUAGAGGAAACCCCAACCUGGUGUCACAUAGAGGAAAUGUUGGCUUUCUAGUCAUAAAAAAAGACAGGCAGACUAAAUGAAUUAGUGAUUUGAUACGAAUGGUUACUGUCCUCUUGUCUUAACAGUUUUUUUUUUCAGCUCCCCUUUUGCAGAAAAAUUGAUGACUCAGUGUUGUUGAUCCAUCAAAUAUUGAUCAUCAGCUGUUUGACAAUCAGUUGGUAGACUGAGCAAUGUGCAAGCAAAAAUGUUGUCCAGCUAGCUUCAGCUUCUUCAAAGUAGGAUUUUUGCUUUCAUUGGUCAUUUAUGGUGCUAAAUGAAAAGUCAUUGAGGCUUAAAAUGCAGACUCGACUGAGAUUCAUUACACAGACAUUAAUGACUAAUUAUUCAGGACUAUGCAGUCGUUUCAAACAAGGGGCUAAUUUCACUCAACUAGUCUGUAACACUAAGCCUGUACAAGGUUGCUGUUUGUGGUUACUUUGUGUCUUGUUUCCUUUAAUUUGGUCAACAUCUCUAUCACUCAUCUCCUCCUGUGUUUCAGUCUCCUUAGUUUUUCUUCCUCUUGGUUUCUUUCCUCUGCCGCUGACUGGUCAGCCAUUUACCAUGAAUCUAAAGUUUUUUGCUUUCUGAAUCAUUUCAAGGCAAUGUGAAAAAUAUUCCCCAUGAUGUGAAUCAGUGCUAUCUGAAACAAAUGGGAUCUGAUUGUUGCUUGCGUCACUUGUGCUAUUAAAAAAAGAUUAUAGUUAGGGGGUUUUUGUCCAAUCAGAAUCAAACAUUAAACACAGCCUGGUGACUCAUACGACAGCCGGUAUUAACGCUUGUUGAAUCACUGAUCAAAUGAUAUCAAAAAUUUACAUGCAUUCCCUUUUUCAUUGAGUUAAAAAUUAAAUUAGCUCAAUUAUUACAGAUAAGGGUUUGAAUCCAAAUUUGAUUCAAGCAAGAAACUUCAGAGAUUGGGCUGCAAGUUGCAUUUGGGUAUUGAUUGACGUGUCUUCUAUUUUAAGUAAGCUCUCUCAUUCAGCAGCUCCUUAUCCACACAUGAGCCGUGUGAUACCCUACAAAUGGCCGUCAUAGUUGGAGAUUUUGCUGUUAUGGGUUUGCCAAAGUUUAGAGGUAUAAGGAGGUUCAGUAAGUGGGGUUAGCAUGUAGCUUGAGACAAUGAUGGUUUACUUCUAUAAUACUUAUUAUUUUCUUUCCGCUAUUUAAAAACAUCUUUUGAAUUUUGCAAAGACAGGCUCGAAAAGGUGGUUUGAGAAGCACGACAGUCUAGACUGGUGGCUUAAUAAUCAUCAUGUAUCAUCAUGUUGAGACUAGAUUACAGGUCUACAACAUAUCAUACCAAAAUAACUAUUAGUAUCUACGCUACAAUUUAGAUUGGAUCAUUAUAAGAAGUAUCAAUUAUGUGAUUUGUCUGCACAGCCAGGUGGCUCUUGGCUGGAACUCAGAGUUAGAGAUUGACAAGCUUUGAUACACAAAUUUAUACACAGUGUCUCCACUUAAAAGCUUAAAGAGCUGAAUUUUAGAUGAUCAUAAGUAGAUUUGGUCAUUUCAAAUAGACUGGUUACAGAAAGUGGAUCUACUGUGAUUUAAAUAAUCUCAUCCAGGCAUGAUAAAUGCUCACAUGAGUAACUAUUUAAACUCAAUUACAUAGUCAAAUAGUCCUUCUGUUGAAUAAGAGGCUUUUCAUUAUCAUGGGAAAGUCCGCCUAUUCAUGAGAGCUAGUUUGGGAACUCUCACACUGCACUGUAAUAGGUUAUAAUUCAUUUAUUAAAUACAUGUACUCCAAACUGAGCCCAAUCCAUCUGAACCUCCACAAUGAUCGUGACUCGUUUUUUUCUGUUAACCUAAUUAUGAAGUUAUAAAGUUACAUCCUGCACUCAAAUGAAGUAUUUCCUGUAAUGCAAGUUUUACUGUAGCCUGUAUUUCUAAAGCUUUUAGAUUUGGAGCAGACUAUAAAUCAACAAUGCUAACAGUGAAACCCAGCAGCAUGAAUAUUUACAAUAUGGGGGCAAAGAGCUUUUUCCUCUUUUAAGGUUGUAAAAUUUGAAUCGCUCCCAAGCCAGGUCAAACAUGCUUCAACUUUCACCACUAAAAAUUGCAGCCGAAUAAAUAAUUGGCAUAUACAUUUCAAUAUUCAUCACUGGGUUUUCUUUUGCCACGGCAGGCUUCAUGUUCAGCCUCUGGAGUCUCUGAUGCAGUGCAGGGGAGUGUGUGUAAUUCCACCCUAAAGCUUUAUUGAUCUUAGCCUAUGCAGCAGUUUCCAUAAAGCUUUAAAGCUAUUCACUGUUUAUCUCACAAAAAGGAAAAUGUGCAACUACUUUGAAAAAUUUGACUACUGAGAUGAUAAGAAGACAAUUAACUGUACAAAUGUACAAGUAAUAUUUCAAAGUCUGACUGUAGUCUGAAUUAAGUGGCUGUAACUCAUCUGCUGUCAAACAUUGUUGACUGUUAUGCUGCUGGUGUUGAUGCAAUGGGAACAAAAAGCUGACAAACCUGAACUGGUUUGCUGACGCUGUACCUGCAAAUCAAGACCUUGUAAAUCAGUGUGUCUGUGUGUGUGAAAUGUUUCAGAGUAUGUGUGGUCGAUGUGUCAGAAUCCUUGCAAGGUUAUCAUUUCUGUGUGUAUGCACUUAAUAGUAUCAUUUGUCAAAGCAUAUUAUAUUUGUCAGUCUGUAUGGAUUGGUGCGUUGAGUAUGCACCUGUGUUGGUGUACAUGUGGGUGGGGCAGAGUGUGUAUGUGUGUGUUUCUGAGAGGAAAUAUCAAGAAGGGAGGACUGCUGGAGUACAAUAUGUCUGUCGUCUCCUCCUUCCUCUUUCAGAAAUAAGGUGUAGGUAGACAGAGAGGAGAGAAUAAAAAAAACAAAAAACAGCAGAAACAUCAGCUGCCUGAACACUGAGUACCUGCAUAUUUAGGCGUUUUAAGCAAAAACAUAAGAACCUGAGCUUUUUUUUUGUAGUGAACAGGUUCAAGCGGAAAAUAAGAAAUGGCAAGCGAGAUAAGGAGAGCCUGAAGAAAUGAGAGACGGAGAUCUGAAAACGAGGCAGCGAGUGAUGAAGGGACAGUGAGAUCAACAGUGAGUGGCUGGGAGACGGGGAUAUAGGGGCUUUUUAACCACGCGGUGUUGCUGCAUGCCACCAGAGCCAGCAGCAUCAUAAAUCACCCCGUCUGUGCACAAUGGACGCAGGCGGGUGACUGAUCACAGGUGCAGACGGCGACACUCUCUUCUCUUCUCUCCUGAACAAUAAGAAACACAAACACCGGAGCCUAAAUGUGUCAUCUUGCAGCAGUUCGCUUUUCAGAUCAGUUGAAAAAGGACCUAAAAUAGAUUUAAUUCAGGAUGUCUAAGCUUAUUGCUGGAGUAAAAAAAAACAUGAAGACAUUUUUUUCCAUCAGCUAGUUGUGUGGGAUUAUUUGGCAACAGCUAAAAAUGUUUUCUAGAGCUGUUUGAGAAAUGUGGUUUGAGUCUAUUAAAAGAGAGGGAUUGCUUUGCCUCUAAUACAUCUGAGAGCACAGAUUUUUGGACUGUGAAAGUGAAAUUUUAUGCAUGUCUUUGUCGACUUCAUCUUCUGACCAAUAACGCAGAAAGCUUUAGACACUUGAAUAAGAUCAAAGAAGAGAAGCAAAUGCUCCUGUGUUUGAAUCCUAAACUAGCAAAACUUGUAAUUUUUCUGGAUGAGUGACACAAAAUUGUUACAACUGAAUUUGAAGUAAAUUGAGUGAUUACGUAAUUUUAUCUCAGUACAUCACUGAUGAAUCAGCAUUUUAUAUGAAUCUCAUAAUCCAUAAAUAUCAGAAUAUUUAAGGCUCAGAGUGAUGUCUGCAGACACUUCUCUAAAACAGAACAGCUUCAAUAUGGAAAUUCUGAUGCAAAAUAGCGAACUGUUUCAAAAAUAAUUGCAGAUAUUUUCUAUGUAAUUUGGUAAAUGUUUAUUUUUUACAAAUGUUUAGAAUCUGAAUACCAACUAUACCAACUAUGACCCAUAAAGACAUUUUCCACAGCCUGUCCAAGGUAGAAAUAAUGCAGUUACUUUAACCCCUAUUGUAUAAACAGGAGGAAUACAACAGGUGGAGGCAUUGUUUCUUUCAUUUUAAUCCUGCAGCUCAGACAGUAACACUACAACACAGGGUUUUGUGACAUGAGUAAUAUCUUUAUGGCUGCAUCUAUUAAGGAAUAUCUAUUAAUACUGUUGCACUGGAAAUAAAAGUGUUUGUAUUAAGACAGCAAAUUGCUGAGUGCCUUUAGUGUCGACCACACAAAAUUGAUUCCAUCCUGAAUAAACCCAGUCUUAACUCAUGUUGUCAGAUUGCUCUUUGUUGAGGCUGGCAGACUUCUCUUUUUCCUGCAUAUUUAAACAUAAAAAAACUACCAUGAGAAAUUGCUGAUCUUGACAUCAUGUCCUUUGACUGACAGUCUGAAAACAAUGUCGCAUUCCUUUGAGACAAACCCCAGCUGUUCUAUUUAGCUGUCCACUGACAGCUGGAUACAGGCAGGCUGCAGGGCUUUCCCUGACUCAUGGUUAUGAAAGUCAAACAGCUGGAGAAAGAUACUUGUUAUAUCUUAAAAUGUUAGUUAAAAUUUUAUAAUUUUCAAUUAGAUGGCAUGGAUAUGUUUUUUUGAGCAUGAUUCUUGGGCUUAUAUUCAAAACCAGAGAUGUGACAGAAAAUGAUACCAUACCAUAUAGUAUGGUACGGUACUGCCUGGAACGAUACGAUGCGAUACGAUGUGAUAUGAUGCAAUACGAUAUGUUACGAUGCAAUAUGAUACGAUGCAAUACGAUACGAUACUAUGCAAUAUGAUAUGAUACAAUGCAAUACAAUACGUUAUGAUGCAAUAUGAUACGAUACGAUGCAACACGAUACCAUACGAUGCAAUACGAUAUGAUGCAAUAUGAUACGAUAUGAUGCAAUACGAUUUGAUAUGAUACAUGAUAUGAUACAGUGCGAUACGAUGCAAUAUGAUAUGAUACAGUGCAAUAUGAUAUGAUACGAUGCAAUAUGGUACGAUAUGAAGCUUAAUGAUAGGAUAUGGUAAAAGUAUAAUCGGGUUCAAUACGGUUAAGGAUAACUAAAGAUACAGUGUAGUCCAUUAUGAUACAGUAUGAUUGAGUAUAAUGUGGUAUGUUAUCAUGCAGUGUGGUUUGGUUCAUAACAGUAGGGUAUGGUGCAACAAAGUGCAAAGUGAUAUAAUUUAUAGUCCUUGGGAAACUUGUCCAUGCUGCAACAAUUUAACUGCCUCCACCGUGGUAUGAAUUAUCCUACUGAGGAGGCAGUGGUGUUGUUACUAUGCAGAUGUUAAGGCCUCAUUUUUCUUCCUUUCUUUUUAAAAUUUUUUGAUAAUUUGCAAAUCACUGAUUUUGCAUCGCCUCAAAGUGUUUACCAAACACAACAGUAAAUCUGAAUUAAAGCUUAGCUACAGAGAAACCCUGGAUAAAUGGUAAGGAGCGAACUGGAGCUGUGGUCCCCUUUGGCUGUCGAGAGGCCUGUUUGCACUGUGAAGGCUCCCAGCAGUCACCCCACCCCAGGGCUACUGGGGGGUUGAGAGAGAGAGAGAGAAAAAGGGGAUGAGUGUGUACUGGAGCUUUGAAUAUAAUGAGAAAAGAAGGGUAGAGAUAGAAGAGAUAGAUUGGGUUACACAGUAGAGACUGAGCAGAGUGGAAGGAAAGUCUGAGCAAUUAUUCAAUAUAAUGAAGAAUUUAAUGAGGCUUUAAUGUAACUAGAGAGAGAAAUGCAUUAAAUAGAAGAAGAUGAAACAGAUAUUAACUACUUGAGUUUUUUGGAUUUCUCAAAGAGCGGGAGUAAAUUCAUGUUUUAAGUGUUUGUACUGAGGCCUGAGUGUGUCUGUGUGUGGGAGUGGGAGAGACAGACAGAAUGAACGGGUGUUUUAUCAUAUCGUACUACUCAGCAGUCAGAAGGGCUAGUCCUCUCAAGGUCACGCUCAGUGCUGGAAUGAAUGCUAUUUCCUUUUUAACUCUGUGACUGAAUGUGAGCUGGAGAAAUGUCUGGAAUCUCUGCUACUUUCCAGAAACAGCACUCUGCCACUGAACUGAUCAAAUUGACCCCAAUUCAUUAUUUUGUAAGCGAACAUCACCUCUGAUUCACAAUUUUUCAAGGGUUUGCUGCUCAAAUGAAAUCUUCAAAAGGAGGACUCUGUAGGCUAAAUAACCUACUACAGGCAAUUGUGCUGCUCGUGAUUAAAUCUGAGUUACAAUGAAGGCUGUGUUGAAGCCUGAAAGUACUUUUUGCACUUGUUCAAUUCCAAUUUCUCAGCUAUGCACCAUUGAUUUUGUAUUGAUGUUAAAGUGCAAUGGCCUUCAGGCAAAUCCUAUUAUGGAAAGCUAAUGUUUUACCAGCUCACUUAAAGCAUUGUGAGCAGGAUUUCAGUUUCACGUUAUUGGUCUUACUGCUCCACUACAUCAGAUUAGGUUUCAUGCUGAAAUCUGACAACUUGACUUGAAGAAAUCGAAUGGUGGAUUGUUCGACAUUAUGAGCUUCAACACAGCUUGUAAUGUAUUUCAUCAGGGGAUGUUGAAUGGCUGUACAAGUGUCUUCAUCUUUGUGUAAUAAGGUUCAAAUGAAAUCAAUUGUAAAUUACUACGAGAUGCAGUAAAGGUGUGGUGAUUUUUCUAACACACAACUUACAUACAAGCUUUAAACAAGGCAACAUAUUUGUGUGCAUUUUGAUAUAUGCAUUUUGAUAAGUGGUUGGAAAUACAAGGAGGAUAUUGAUUCAUUUCGAGCGACACAAUAGGAUAGAUUUAAUUUAAUUGGAUUCAAUUGACUUGAAAUUGAAGCAUUUAGUCAGUAUUUUAAUGUGUGACAAAUAACUAUACUGGAUAUUGCAGUUACAGUUAGUGGUUAUUUGAGUUAUCUGUUCACAGGGCAGGGUUCUUGUCAUUUAUGUCCCUCCCUGUGCAUGGUUCACGCAGUAAAGUAACUGUUUCUUUUACCGGUAUGAACUUCAUUUACAGUCUUAUUUCCAUUCCAGACCAGUAUGAUGAGAGGUUAACAGUUACAUUUCCCCGUGUUGAGUAUGAUGGCCACUUUUUCAGCUUUUUAAAGUAAUGUUACAUUUGUUUUCACCAAUUCAUACAAUGCAUUGUUUUAAGGAGUGUGGGCGACUUGGUUUGUUGAAUUUUUGCUCGAAAGAUUGGAUUAUUUAACAUAAACCAAGAUUUUCAACCACAGUGUAUGGUCGAAUAUUUUCACAGAUAAAUCUGGAUGAUAGCUUUCGCCCUCCCUGAGUCUGAGUAGAAACCUCAGUGAUGCUUGAGACUUUUUCUGAGGCUGCUGGCUCUGCUGUAUCUGUAGAACUAGAGCCUGGCUUUUGAUAUUUGUACCAUGUCGCUUUGAUAGGUGAGCAGAAAGACUAAUCAUGAUGUUAUUGUGUUUAACUUCACCCUAACAAAAUCUGCAAACAGCCACUCAUGGAUCCAGGAUGCCUGCUAUUUUGACAAAUGCAAAAAUGUGCCUACACUAAAGACUUGGUACCAGCUGGCUUGAUAAUCUCUUGUAUGUUUUACCCCUCUCUAGUAUUAGCUAUUACUGCGCUGCUGGUGCAUGCCAAGAAUCAAAUUAAAGAAUGUCUUGGAUUUACUGUUUAGAUUUCAUUACAAGUACAGAAAUACAUCCACUUAAAUACAACUAUGACCAGGGAGAGUACUGAAGUUUGGAGUAUAGUUGUUGUAUUCUUACUUGAAGUGCACACAGUGUUGUGCUUCAUGGUUACAGUGGCAAAGCAGGGGGGUUUACUCUCCCACGCUCUGCUGCUGCUGCUGCAUGAUACAUGAGAAAGAAUUAUUUGCAUGCUUGUUCAAAAUAGCUCGCUGGUAUGUAUGACUUUUUUUUUUUAAUACUAAUGAAAAUAGUAUUUAAAACCACUCUGAAAAUGUUCACUUUUUUAAGGGGUAACUGAGCUUGUGUCUUUUCUCCAGAUACAGAUUAUGUCAACUGUUUAUGUCAUACCCUUUUCCAGAACACUGCAGCACACUGGAAAAUGAUCCAGAGAUGCAUGCAAGCUCUAAAUGCAUUAUUUCCUUAUGCAUGCACACUCACCCCUGAGCCUGUUUAAAAUAAAUCACCACAUCAGAGAGCCUGAGCGCAGUCUUUCAGAAUGGAGUCAACUUUCUUUUCCAGUAAAGAAACAGGAAGAUCACCCUGCUAUAACCGUCCAGUGAGGUUUAUUGCAUAUCUGUAUUCUCUGCAGUUACUCACACCUGGCAGAUGUCCAGUACGACACAGUCCUCACCUCCUGGUCAGUGGGCUAGUGAAGCAAAGUUGCUCAAAGUCCAACGGCUAAAAGCAACCACAGAGUCAGCCGAGUGUGGCUGUGGCAUUAUGUCAGUGUAUUUCUGUGCCAUGAUGAUGUUUACUAUUCGAACACUUGCGCUAAAUGUCAGACAUUCAGUAUCAGAAGCAAACCUCUCAGACUCAGUGCUAAUAACAAAGAAGAAAUCAACUGGUUUAAUAAAAAAGUAAACUGAAAACAUACCUUUUUAGUCUUAACUAAAUAUUACAUCAUUAACUUUAAGUGUUUUAGCAUUUAUCUAUUCUCGUUUUAGUCACAGGAUCGUCUUUUAUUGAGCUACUUUGGUGCUCUUAUUUUAGUACCUUUUACUGUUGUUUUUAUUUUAAUUUAUUUAUUAUUUCUUAAAUUUCAUCUAUGUUUCUUUGUUUUUAGAUUUUAACCUAAACCUCCAGUGUUUCCUUAUCCUGAGUUUUAUAAUGACGUUUCCUCACUGGGCACAUUCCUGUUUCCACAAAAUCAAGCCCUUUUUAAGUUUAUGCAUUUUAAUAUUGUUUCUGUUGCAAUUAAAUCUUGGGGUGGGUAUGAGGGGUUGGGCUGGGGUAGAUUUGGGUAUUCUUUUAAUCUUGGGUUGGGGUAGAUUUGGGUUGUAUGAAAAGUGCUAUAAAAAUAAAGACUAAUUGAUUGAAUGAAUAAGCGGAGUCGGAUAUGUAUCCCAGAACGUAGACUUUAUUUUACCAUAUAAGGACAAAUACCCAACAACGAUACCAGAGCUUGUAAAUUAGAUCACCCCAGUGAGUUUUAAAGAAGAGAUUAAUUUAAAGUACCCUCAUUUUGAUUUGAUUGAACUAUUUAAAUAUUAUUUAUCUGAUGGUAAACACCAAUAACUUCCAAACUAACAAAGAGUUUGUCGCUGCUUAACAUCCUCGCAUUGAUUUGAUUUUCAGGAACAUUUCGUAUUCAUAAUUAUUGUAACCUUGAUGAGGUAAAGAGGUGGUAAUUUAGCUGCUUUAUAAUGAUGUAAACUUGUGCAACCUGACAGCAGUCUCAAAUUUUGGAGAUUUCAGUCCUGUCUGUGCAUGUCUGAGUUGUACAGAAUAGUUUUUCAGAGCUGUAUUUUCAGAGAAAUGACCCGGUUGGUUGCUAUGAUGUUAGCCUGCACAUCCCAGACAGAAAGCUUCAGGAGUGAGUGAUGGAUAGUCAGCAUCAGCAGAAACUGGAAUCACUCUGCGCUUAGUUUAUCUACAGGGUUUCAGAGGGCUGUCAAAACUCAACAUGUCAUACAGACCCAAUUACAUACAGUGAAUCUACAUCUGUCUGUCUCUCAGAUGUCUUGAAGCUCGGUCAGUACGGCUGUCAAAGAUUAACCCUUCAGCUGCUAAAAGGAGAAAAAAAACAGGAAUAGAGGAGACUGCAAAUGGAGGAAAGAGUCAAUGGAAACUAAAAUAGCAGGAACCGAAACAUACACUGCUCUUUCAUUAGCCCAAAAAGGAUCAGUCGUGGGGUGCUGUGACAUAUCUGCCUUGUUAAAUGCCACUUAUCUUUCUGUAAGGCCUGGCAGCACUCUUAAGGUAAUGGUAUAAUCUAAAGAGGUGAUUCAAUAAGACGUCCUAGAGAAUGGUUAAAGGGAGGGCUCGCACCCUCUGUGGAAGCCUUAUUUCAGUCAAUCUGGGAACUCACCAUCUUAAACUGUCUCGUGCAUUUACUCAUCUGCUAGAGUCAGUAAAGACAAUAUUUGAUUGUUUUAGAGUGACUGUAUAAUAAAGUCAAUUUGCAUUUAUUUAAUACUUCACCUUGAAUUUGGGAUGAACAACAAAUCAAAGAAAGUGUGAUCAUCUUUAGGGACUGUGCGUUAAAUGCAAGUGUGUAUAAUUCAGUCCUGUUAUCACUCAUAUGUGCACACGAACGAUUAUACUAUUCAAUCACCAUGGCAUUUUUUCUUUCAUCAUUGGGGCUCUGCUCAGGAGGACCCUUUCCCUUUUUUUCCCUUGACAUGGCUCUCAAGGGUCACUAGUCCAUGGAGGAGAGCUCUUACAUUCACCAUGAAUACAUGAGAACCUAAUCUUUGUAAAUUUAACAGGGAAAAAUACAAAAGGGUACUUUUCUGGUUACCAUUAUGUUUCAGUACCUCCUGAUAUUUAAAUCUACAGUUGUAUUUUAAGCAUUUGAAGACAACUAUGUUUUUAACUAUUUGAUACAAGCUUUUUUAAGUACCUUCCUCAUAUAUAUUUCUCAUAACUGCAAAUUUAAAGAGUCAGCAGAUUCUCAAUAAUGCAUCUGAAACAAUAUUUUGUUUUUCUUAUACUGAGAAAAACAUUUGCAAAAACAACCCCCACCCCCCCAAACUGGAAUUCACUCUCUCCCAGAAAGACAGCUGAGAAUUUUUGAUUCUCCUCCUUGUUUUCUCUCACAGUUGUCAUAACAACUGCAUCUGUGCAGAGCUAAAAUAUUAUGGGAUGCUGCCUCAGGAACAGCAGCAUAUUUUAAGUUCUAGGUUUUACAAAUACUGAGACUUAAAGAUCUGACCCACAAUGUGCACGCCCGUGGGUCUGAAAUUAUGCAGCAGAGAAAAGCUGCUCUUUUUUUUCCUCGAGAGGGUUUCAAGCUUUUUGGAAGGACAAUGUUGUGUAGGUGUUUGAUCACAAUGUUCAAUUAUUCUGAUUAUUCAUUCUGUCUGACACUUUUUUCUGAUGUUUUGUGUGUUUGUAUAGGCAUCAGGCCACCCAUCAUGAACGGCCCUAUGCAUCCGCGCCCCCUGGUGGCGCUGCUGGACGGGCGUGACUGCACUGUGGAGAUGCCCAUCCUGAAAGAUGUAGCAACUGUAGCUUUCUGUGACGCUCAGUCCACACAGGAGAUCCACGAGAAGGUAACACACUUCAACGAAAGAUCAUUAAAUGUGGACUAACUAUGAGUGAGAACACGUCGCAGCCGGAAAACAUUUUCAUCUUCUUGAUUCAACUGACAUCAGCUUGAGGCUUUUCAGCAAAGCUUCACUUUUACUGGCAAUGAUUGAUGAUGGUCUAAAUAUAAACACCACAGUGCUAGAUGCAUGAAACUCCCUGGGAGGGAAAAUGAGCAUGAUUUGUAUUCCAAAGAGCAGCAACACCAGUUUGAAAGAAAUAAAAAACCCAACAGCUGUACGUUUUACAAGAGUGGCAGUGCUCAUCAGAGCUGAAUAGAAGACGAAAAAAAUAAAAAAAAAACAGAAACUUCAAAUCCAAGAGGGAGACAAAAAUAGCACCAUAAUGACUGACUUUUACAGCCAAAACAGCAAAAAUUCCACUUCUCAAAUGAGCUGUUAUGCAUCCAAAUAAUAAUGUCUGCUAUUAGCAUCAUAUAUUAUAGUUUUCCAUGGUGCAGACGACACUCAGAGCUUUUCUUUAGUGGUUGCUUUUAUUUUUCCCUCUUUGCUUUAUUGACCAACGAGAAGUUGAAACCAAUCCAAAGUCAAGUAAGGGUCCAAACAUAGUUGAUGAAACAGAGUUUAUACUAAAGGAAUUGAGGCCACUGUGUUUAAGAACAGUGAGGCUGUAGGUGUAAUAAACAAAAAAAGGCACCAUUAGAGCCUUUGAGCAUUUUUGCUGCAAUAUGUCAGUCAUAAGUCUCAUGGUUUUGUUCGGGAGCUUAAAUCAGAAAUCUGGACUCAGAUCAGAAAGAGGUCUGACUUUGCAUUUCAAAGCACUACUAAUCAAAAUGCAUGUCCGUGCAUCUCAGUAGCAGAGCGUUUUUCUAACAUUCUCAAAGAAAAGUUUUUGAAAGCCUGACUUGACAAAAAAAUAAUGACUGUUUUUACAAAAAGUCCAGUUCAUACCUGUGGGGGGUGGUCAGAAUAGAUCACAGUCUAUCUGUGAUCCGUUCCAGUACUGGGGCUGAGGGUUGGAAAGGCAGUUCUUCAGCUUCCAAAGGUAACAAUGAUUGAGAUUUAAUUGCUGUUUAUUUUGGCCAUUUAGUUGAUAUGACUAUGCAGUGGCAGUGGCUGUUACCAUCUCAACGGACAAUUUAAUGUAUUUUUUCAUUCACUGAUGUUGCAUUUGUGCAGUAUUAGCACUGAUUCUGACGCUUUCUCAUAUAACACACUAUUGGCUCUGCAUAAAGGACUUAAAUACUAGCUGCAAAAAAAAGGACUCUAUGAAAAUCAAAUCAAAUGAAUGAACCCUGAAACAAAGAGAGAAGAUCAGCAGGAAACACAAAAAAAGAGGUGAAGACAAUGAAAGGAGAGUGCAGAGAGCACACUUUCAAUGUGGGUCAGAUCUUGCCACAGUCACUAUGGAGUGUAAAUGGGUUUGUAUGUCUGGCAGGGUUACGUCUGGUUCUGGGUGUCUGCCAGGCACACUCUCUCUGAGAGCACGCUCAGUAGGCCACAGCGUGGGAGAAACAGAUGGCUCUCCCUCGCUCACUAUCUCUCCCUGGCUGUCUAGUGAGCAGCCACCUCAUUGUGUAAUUAAAAGGGCUUCUUUAUUGUAAUUGAACAGCAUGUCAUUUUUAUCCUCUCUCAAACACAUAUCGACAAGCCUGGCGAUGUACAUUUAACUGUGAGCCAAUCAAAGGGUGACGAAAAACGAUUUUACCACUGACAUACUACAUUACAAUUUGAUACAGGAGACAAAUGCUCUGCCUUUGAUUCAUCAUAUUUCAUUUUCAGCUCAAACAAGACAAAACAAUGUCAUCCAGAUCAGCAAGCAAGAAACCAAUAAGAUUGCUGCUGAUCUGAGGCAUCUUUGUGACACGAGGAGACACCUUAUCUUGAUCCCUGUGGUUAUGAAGGAUUAGUUUCCAUGGUAAUAUUUAUGAAAAGCAGUGAGUCUGUGUUAUUAAAAGAACAGAAUAUGAGUCUGCUAUAAACAGCAGAUCCUAAAAAAAAAACUCUAGAGUUUGUGGAAACACUGUGAGCUCAGUGAACUCUCACACAUUGAUUUGUGUAAAGUUGCACUUGACUUGUGCUCACCCCGACAAAAACCCUGCAGACAGCUUGACCUUAAAAUUUAGUCUCAAACUUUAGCGAGUUGUGCAGCAGACAGAAAGAGUUUAAUGAAGAAACUAGUGCGAGUACUGCGCCACGAAAUAAAUGAAGAAUAAUUAGACUAGAAAUAAAUCAAUGCAUGUGCAAUUUCAUUUCUAAACGAGGGGGCACAAAGUUAAAACAAAGCCCACAAGGAUUUCUCAUACGCACUAAAGCGUACAAGGCAAAGGGUGAGAAUCACAGGGUAACUUAACUUACAGUCCCGGGAAUAUUACAACACAGGGAUUCCCAGAGGCCAGUUUGAUUAGGAGUAUGUGUGAUUUUGAUUGGUACGCUCUAUCAUUUAAUCAAGAGUCUGUGUCUCCUUUUUUUCAGGUGCUGAAUGAAGCAGUAGGAGCUCUGAUGUACCACACCAUCACUCUGAUGAGAGAAGACCUGGAAAAGUUUAAAGCACUGCGUAUCAUCGUCCGCAUCGGCAGCGGCUACGACAACAUCGACAUCAAAUCUGCAGGAGAACUCGGUGAGAGCACACAACACUCACACACACUGUACAGACACAGUCAGUUAAGUGUGUGCACUCGUGGUCAAACAAGUAUCAGUAUCAGAUGAUGUUAUGCCAAUAUUGUAUAGUUGCCUUUUUCUGCAUUUGACAAAAAACUACAAUGUAACAUUACUAACAAAACGAACAAACUUUUAAACCUGAGUGAAUAUUUAAAUUAAGAGGAGAUAGUUUUUGGCUCAGUGAAAUUUUACCAUAAGGGACUUUUGGAUUUCUGCUCAGUAAUCUGAAAUGAUCAAAAAAGAAACAAAUACAAGGUCAAUAUUUUUGAUAGCAAAAAAAAUAAUAAUGUGGAAAUCCAUCAUCGAAUGCACAUAAAAAUCUAAUAAAGGUGGAAUCUUAGCAACAUGCAUUAGAUCAUCUUUUAAUGAAUUGAUAGAAAAAGAAAAUGCUUUGAGUUAUGCUGAAGAUUCCAAAUUACGGCAGAUAUUUUGGGUGGCAGAAGAAAUAAUAAAUGGCAUCACUCUACACAUCAUGAUAGCCUUUGUAUUAAAAAACUGGACAGUGACUAAUUUAGAAUGGACUUGCCAUCAUCUAGGAUGAGAAAAUGUGUUUUUAUUUAGUUAGGACAACAGUGAUAUUGGGUUUGUGAGGACCAAUGCCAAUAAUGUCAAAAGGUCGUUAAUUUGUUCCAUUAAUCAGCCGGCCUAUGAACUGGUCUGUCUCCUGUGUGCACUGUUCUGAUAAGGACUUCAUUAAAUUAAUUUCCGGAUUCAGUGAGUCUUUAUUAAGUCUACAAAAUGUCUGGAAAGUGGUUAUUAAAAACACUCAUAAAUGCACUUUGCUGGUGUGAAAUAAUCUACCAGAUCCAAAAGUUAUUUUCUCAGAUUGCUUUUUUAAUCCAGACAACUGUCCAAAAACAAGAUUCUUCAUUUACCACCAAAAUUUACAGAAAAAACAACAAAUUCUUAUUUUUGAGCGGAUAGAACUGGCAAAUGUUAAUCAUAUGUCCAUGAAAAAUGACUGAUACUAUGGGACAAUUAUCAGAAAAGCAGAUGUACUAUAUUUUAAGAACCUCAACACCAUCAUUCAUAGUUCUAUUGCUGGUGGUGCCUUAUUCUUUCUUUGCUUUUGCCUUUGGUGAUGAGUUAUCUCAGAGUCCACUGACUAUUCUUUAACAACAUUACAGCCUCUGGCUACAACUGCCAGUCAUUCAGGUGUAGCCAGCAAUUAUCCAUAUAGGCCUCAGAGGCUUCUGUUUUCAUGCUAUCGUCAUUGUUUGCGGUCCAAAGGGUCACUUAAGGCUUGAGAAUGGAGUGUUACAAAUAGUAUGACCCAAGUGUCAGUCUUUCCAAAAUUACUUUUCUGCUGCCAAUAGGUAUUAUCCUGUUUGCAAAGAAGUCAGUUACAUUUAUAUUCAAAAACUGCAGGCACUAUAGUUUCUCAUUUAAACACAAAUCCAUCCUGUAACAGGCAGACCUUAACUAACAUCCCCUAUCUCCAUCCACCAACAGGCUCUGCAAUUUAAAAGUUUCCAGCCGGGUUUUAUAGAGGAAACUGCUUACACACAAAUUCAUUCUUCAGUCCUUUAAAAAAAAAAAAAAAAAAAAAAAAACUUUCACCAAACUUCAUCUUGCUCCCAACUUCCCCCCUCAAAAAAAAAAGCUAUUACUAAUCCUUAUCUGCUCUCUGGUCCAACAGGCAUAGCUGUGUGUAAUAUGCCAGCAGCCUCAGUGGAGGAGACGGCAGACUCCACACUGUGUCAUAUCCUCACCUUGUACCGGCGAACCACCUGGUUGCAUCAGGUUUGUAAGACUGUGAGAUUCAUUAAAGGACUCCAAUUAAUUGCAUGUAAAUGAAUCCAAUCCCAGAGAGGCGCAUUUAGUUCUGGCAGUUUCAGUUUUGAUGGUUACUAAUAUUGUCUUUUGAGAAGUCAGACAAAUUGAAACAUGUCAUUUUCUUUAGAAUGUCGCUGUAUUUGAAAGACGUUGAUGUAAGAUGUAGAAGGUACAGUAAAAUGAUUUGUUCUUCAAAUCAGACAUUUAAAGACAUGAUUUAGACUCUGAGUUUAUAUUCAUGAUCACCUUAUUUUUAAGAUUUAAACUGAAGACUGCAUCUAGUGCAGGCUUCAUGGAAUACACCUGGUUUGACUUGGACCGCUUAUUUUUCGGUGUGUGUGAUACGUGUGCGACUCAAUGAGUAUUUGUUAUUCCUGUCAGGCUCUCCGGGAGGGCACACGGGUUCAGAGCGUGGAGCAGAUCCGAGAGGUGGCAUCAGGAGCCGCAAGGAUCAGAGGAGAGACACUGGGACUUAUUGGCCUCGGUAAGCAACAACAUGCAUUUCACCUAAUGCUUCAAUUGAGACCUAACUCACGGAGAGUCUACAGUUGUGCUAGCUGUAAUCGCAAUUUAUCAAUCUAUCCCCAAAGACCAGAUGCUAAACCAAAAACAAGGGUUGAAACAUUUUUUUCUCAGAAACAAAUGUCGACCAACUGGUAAAGCCAGCUAACACAGUGAUUGAGAAGCUAAUGGUUUAUUUCUCUGACGCAUGCUUCUGUUUAACUCGUCUAUUUUACACAAAUUCCUAUCUUAGCUGUUUUAUAUUAGGCAAAUACAAUGGACCCUCAUUUUGGCUUCUAUUUUUGAAGGAGCUGUGAGAGUUUUUGUAACUUUUCUUUGAUGAAAAUUCAGUUUUACAUUCAAAAUGAAACACUUACUGUUCCCCUGCAUUUUUGUGAUUUAUUGUAAAACUACCUUUAUAUGUGUAAACUAAACCCCCCCAAAAAAAGUGUUAAUCAGCCAUUUAAAUAGAUGUGCUUUUGUCACUUAAGCUGAAAUUGCAGACACCAGCCAGUAGAUAGUUGCACCUCUGAUAUUUGAUGAUAUUUUAUAAAGACAACUGAUGGUAUUUGAAUGAAAAAGGUUCUAAAUAUUAAUAAAUGAAGUAGGAGUUGCACAAGCUGACAGCAGAGCUCUGAAACCAACAAUGAAGUAAGUGUUUCGAACAAAUGAUGUUAAGUCAUCCAAUAGUCUAAAUCAGUUAUUUUAGUCUGGACACUAUCCAAAGACACUACAGACCAAGACUGUCGCACACAGAUUUCUUGUUUUGGAUGAAAAUUUCUAUCUCCUUCUUUUUAUUUUAUCUGCUACAUGUUGACCAGACUGGCUUGUUGCUGAUUUCUCUGUUGCACAGGAAUGGAGCUGAAGUUUUUAAUCAAAGGAUUUGGCAAUUUUCAUUUUCAUUUUGUAAAGUUGUCCUUAGCUCAGCUAAAUUGGCUUCCUAAGGAGUUACUGCCAAUAACAUAUAAGAGGAUUAACAGGAAGCUGAAUGUAAGUCUCCUCCCUGUACAGUCUGUAAGCUUUUCAGUAAUAAUGAGCAGAUGUGUGGAGACAGAGAAUUAUGUCAUUUCUACAGGGAAAAAGUAUGAGAAAAUUAAUGUUAGCAGUAGAAGCACUAAAAUGUUGACUUCUGUUUUUUGGGUUGCAAAUGCAUGAGCAUUCCUGGGUGUCCAUUUUGUCUUAAUAUCCCUGUUUGUUCAAUAAUGUGUGCUCUGCUCCAUGCCUGUGUGUAUUCAUGUGUUUCUAGGUCGAGUUGGCCAGGCUGUCGCUCUGCGAGCCAAGGCCUUUGGUUUUAAUGUGAUCUUCUAUGACCCAUAUUUGGCUGACGGCGUAGAGAGAUCCCUGGGACUACAAAGGGUCACCACACUACAGGUAUGACACACAGACACACAUAUCUGAGUAUGUGUGGGGCCAUAUUUUGAUGUAUGAGCAAACCUUUAAAGGUUUCAAACGUCAGUGUUUGGAUGUUGGAAGAUGAAAACACAUUUUAGUAUAUCAGACAAAGCUUCCUCUCUUUACAGCCUGACAUCCAACUUGCAGAGUGCUAAAAGGAAUGACAGCCAAUCGAAUUUUAAUGCUUUUCUUUCAUUUUUACUGAUUUUGGUUUUAGCCCAGAUGGUACAAUAAUGGUAGAGUUUGUAUAACACGACCAUAAUGCAACUUAUGGUGGAAUUAUUGUCCUCCAUGUUACUCAGUCCAGGCCUUUCUUUUGCACCUGAUAGCCACUGAUUUCAGGCGCACUGCUGCAAGUUUUUACUUAACUGCUCUGCGUUUAACAUCACUAUAAGCAAAGUAUGUUCGUCAUGACAGCAAUACACAUUACUGCUGCUGAAAAUACCCUUUUGAAUAAAACAUGAAAUUUAAACCAGUUUCGAAUAAAUCAAAUGUCUUCUGCUUUACUUUGCUGACUUAACGCUGCUUUUCCCACAUCUUCUAUGAUAAAUAUGGAUGCCAUUGUUUGUGCUCACUAACAGGGAACAUAAAUGCAAUUGUCAGAAUUGUAAAACAGCUUGUAUCUGUAAUAUGGGGGCAUGUUUCUAGCAGUUAUGGGCUGACAAAAAUGCAGUUAUGUGAUGAGAUAGUUAUGAUUAUCAGCUUUUAUGGCUGCUCUGAAAUGUGAUCUGGUUUUGUGGGCAAUUUCACUUAAUUAUAAUUCUACUUUAUUUUAAACUGACUGUAAUAAAGACCCUGAUGUAGGAAAGCAGUCUUUUGAAGGGUAAACAUUUCCCCUGCAAUCCUCCACAGGACCUGCUCUUCCACUCCGACUGUGUCUCUCUGCACUGCAGCCUCAACGAACAUAACCACCACCUGAUCAACGACUUCACCAUCAAACAGGUGAGGGCAGCAGCACAGAUACACCGCUGACAGGACUCAGACACACACCUGAAUGAUUUAUUUACCCAAACAUGGACUUGUUUGGACCUGCAUCCUAUAGUCAUAAAUAUUUAAGAAGCAGAUACCUGUAAGCCCACUGCCUACAUACAGAUGAAUGAGGUUCUCUGACCUGGCCUCUGUUUAUGACAACUGACGCAUUCAGGGAAUAUCAGUUUGUCUCCAGUGCUCUGCCUGGAUGUCAGAUUUCCUCCUAAAAUAGAAAGCCUUUAGUCUUUAUGUAUUUCAGAUAAAGUUUCUGCUUUCAAGUUUGUUGCUUCCUAAAACAAGGUGCCAAUCAAUUGAAGACUAUAAGCUGAUGAAGGAAAAUGACCACAUUUCAUGUCAAGAUGAAAAUAUAUUCACUUAAAAUUUUCUUAGAGCUGAAUUCAGUUGAUCUAAAAUGAAGUUUAUACACAGGUUUUUCUCAGGAAAUCUGAAAAGUUUGAUACUUUUUGUCCGUCAAGAUUUAACAUGUGUAAACCAAAAUGUUUCGAGCACUGUUUUAUUUUUGAUAAUAACAGCCUACAGCUCGAAAAUGUAAAAAUGCAGAUUUCAAAAUCAUGGAGUAUUUUAUUUUGAGUUUGAGUAAUUCAGCAUUUAAAUGUACAGUAUAAGUACUGCCUCAGUCUAAUUCAGCACACCGCAACCAUGGGGGAGACCGCAACAGAAAUUUCUACAGCCAAGAAAGAACUGUCGAUUCAAGAACUUGGGUGAGCCUGGGGUGGAUAAGAGCGAUGUCAGUAAAUCAAGAGCCACCAAGCACAAACAUCUUUGGGAAAAGGGCUUUAACGGUCUAUUUCCAAUACUGAUCCAGUUCAGAACCAGAGAGAACAUUGGCAGAGUCUCGCCUGAGCUUGGGAAUAAAAGAACUAGACUAAUGCUCAGUGGUCCUUCGUCCUCUUUUCAGCUGAGAGUAAAUUUUGCAUUUUGUUUGGAAAUCAAGACCCUCGAGUCUGGAGGGAGAGUGGAAAGGCACAAAAUCUGAGGAGUUUGAAGUACUGAGUGAAGCUUCAGCAGUCAGCGAGGGGUUUGGGGUGCCAUGGCGUCUGCUCAUGUUGGUACACCAAGUUUUAUCAAGUCCAAAGUUAUGCGGCCAUCUACCAGGGGAUUUCAGAGCACUUCAUGCUGCCAUCUGCCAACAAGAUGCUGAUUUCCUUUUCAAGCAAGACUUAACACUUACCCACAGGGCCAACAAAAACAACCAAAGUAAAGAAGUAAAGCAGUCCCAACCAAGUACUGAGUAUAAAAAUGAUCAUACUCUUCAGGAGUUAGACAUUCCUGUGUUGUAAAUCUCUUUUUGUACUGGCUUUAUCGAGGUAUACGUUUACAUGUCCUUCUUUGUCCUAGACUGUUAAUGUGUGCACUGUAUGUUGCAGAUGCGUCAGGGGGCAUUCCUGGUGAACACAGCCCGUGGGGGUCUGGUAGAUGAGAAGGCCCUCGCUCAGGCUCUGAAGGAGGGGAGGAUACGUGGAGCUGCUCUGGAUGUUCAUGAAUCAGAGCCUUUCAGGUAGCACACUCAUUUUAUCUAUAAGACAUCAUUUCUAAGUCAUGUCAUAAACAUUUUUCGUUAUGUGUGCACAUGAAAUUUAUCUUUUAUAGCUCAACGAAAUGUCAAUAAAGUUGGACUAACCAGUUUUGAAAUAAUGACAUACUUAUUUGGGAAUAAUAGAGUAAGUUAAAUGGGUCGCUGAUCAACAGUAUAUAUAUAUAUAUAUUUUUUCAAUUCUAAAUUCUUGAACUAAAGAGAAAAUUCAUCAGCCGUAAAUGUUUUCAUUUUGCUGUGUUGUUAAACUGAUUGUAGUCUGUUUGUUCACGCCUCAGCUUCAGUCAGGGUCCGCUGAAAGACGCUCCCAACCUAAUCUGUACCCCACACGCUGCCUGGUACAGUGAACAGGCAUCACUGGAGAUGAGAGAGGAGGCAGCCAGGGAGAUCCGACGGGCUGUCACAGGUAGUCUCUCUCACACACACACACACACACACACACACACACACACACACACACACACACACACACACACACACACACACACACACACACACACACACGUAUGCAUACAAUCAAAGAGACACAGCUGCUUUGAAGGAAAAUAUUCGAAAGAUAUUUUGCGACGCUUCUGCAUAAUGAUCUUUCCUAUUCCCGUCGCAGAGAUUACAAGGCCGGUUCCUGUUGCUUUUUAAUCUCACAACCUCCAGUCUUUUAAUUCUUUCUCCCCGUAUAAUCCCUACUUUUGUCUCUGUCCAGUACAUCAGUCUUUUUUUCUCCGGGCUUGUUCAAACUUGUGCAACUAUUGUGUCUCUUUAUUAAAUGUCUCAAUGAUGUUAAUGAAGUAAAAGAAAUCCCCAAGAGUUGCUCUACACUAGUGCUGGACGAUAAUUCGAUAACAAUAUAUAUCGAUCGAUAGACGUGUGCUGCGAUAGAAAAAAAACGGGUCGAUAAAAAGUUCGAUAGAAAAACACAGUUUCCCUUUCUUUUUCAUCAUAGCCUAUCAUGUAGCUUUUGCUACAGUCAUUACUUCCUCCCAACCAAUCACAAACGCAGACCCAGGUACGCUACGGCACCAAGCCCAGCCCCUAUCAAACCACAACAGACAGCACGUGUAUUAGAAAAAAUGAUACAGCAAGGAGAAGCGGAGGACAUUGUCAGUAGUUCACCAGCAUGGCAAUGUUUUGGUUUUUAGAAGUCUGACAAAAAGCGAACAGCGGUCGUUUGCAAAAUUUGCAGAGAAUUAGUAAAAACCAAGUCUGGUAACACAACCAACUUGUUUUACCAUCUAAACCGGUCGCACCCACAGGAGUACGAGCUGUGUCGGCCGCGUCGCGGCUCCACGUCGUCGUCGGAGGAAUCCUCUGGAACCGCUGCCAGCACCAGCACAAAGCAAGUGAAGCAGACCAAACUGGACAUCGUUUCUUACCAAAAUACGACAAAGCGUCCGAGCGGCAUAAGGACAUCACCCAUGCAGUAACAUGCUGCAUAGCGAGGGACAUACUGCCAAUAACUACCGUUGAAAAGCCUGGCUUCGACCAGCUUCUAGCCACUCUCGACCCGCGAUAUGAAGUGCCCGGCCGCAAGUAUUUCUCAAACACAGCGCUUCAGGCAUGAAAAUGGGUCAGGGGUUGAAAAGGUGAGAAGAAUGCACCCCUGCAUCCCGUCCACCCAUUAGCUUCUUAAAGUGGAAGAAAAUGAGCUCAUAUUUUACAAAGACGCGAGUAUUUGGAUCAUGGCUACUAGCAGGGGGUGCAUUCGGCAGGGGUGCAUUCUACGACACAACACCGGCGUGGAUAAGUCCUGCUUCUCGUGCUCAGUUUGCGUAUCAAGUCAAUCACAUGAUAAUUAAAAAAAAUAAAUCUCCCGACCCCGGGAGAAAUAUUUCAGUGUUCAGACACCAGGCUGUGGGCAGUUUCCCACACAGUUAAAACUGGUAGUAUGCUAUUCCCACCUGAAGCUAUUCUGUUUAUUUAUAUAUUUGUUUGUUUUGUUUAUUUUCAUCAAAAGACUAUUUAAAUAUUUAUUUAUCAGAUUUUCUGGUCACUUUAGUCUUUAUGUUUGUCAGUAUUUACUGACGUCACUCAGGCCACUUAAGUUGAUUUCUUUUUUUUUUUAGUUCUUUUUUAAAAAACUUUCAGUUGUGGUAAAAUAAAAAAGGUGGUUGAAUAAAGGUUUGAAUUUGAAUUCAGUGCUUCUGUGUUCUUUAUUAAAAGUAGGUCAUUAAGCAAUAGCAUAAAACAUCCAGGGCUGCAAUUAAAAUAUAUGUUAAAUAAUUAUAAUAAUUAUAUUGAUAAUUAUCGAUAUCGAUCAAUAUAAUUUAUUUUUUAUCGAUAUGCUUUUUUUCUAUAUCGUCCAGGCCUACUCUACACACAAAAAAUAUUCACCUGAAUACUUUUCUUUUUUCAACAAACAUUUUUUUACUAUUGGGUUGUCUUCUUUCUAGGUCGUAUCCCCGACAGUCUGAAGAACUGUGUGAAUAAGGAGUUCCUCACCCAGAACAACCACUGGGCUGGAGUCGACCCGGCUACCGUCCACUCUGAGCUCAAUGGGGCUUAUAGGUAAUCAAGAAAGCUGAUACUUUCUUUCCUAACCCCUGGAAAAAGCGAUUGAUCUGUGUUAGAGUAACAGUGUGUGAUUGAUUUGGAGAGUCAGUGCACGGGUGAAUUGUUAGAGUGGACUGUAUGUACAUCCUGAUCUUUGCCAAGUUAUGAUGAGUUAAUCAGAUUUGUGUCUAACCACUCGAUAGUUUCAACAUUGAUCAAGGUAUUUUUGAUGCAUUUGUAUUGACAAGUUAAAGACUAAUCUAUUGCUGAUCUUUUGUUUCCUGUAAACCUUUGAACUCAAGCAAUCCAUAAAUUCCCCUUUAAUACUCUAACACUGCAUUAAAUUGUUAAUACAGGUGGGCAGUUAGUCUAUUUAGUUCAGUUAGCUGGCUGUUGAAAUUGUAAUGAGUGUGUGUUUAAUACUGAAGGAAAGAUUUGUAAAUGUUAAUUUGGAUUAUUUAGUCGUGAACCUCUUUCUGCCCCCCUGUCCUCUCAGGUAUCCACCAGGUGUGGUCAACCUGCCAGCCGGCGGCCUCCCACCGCCUGUUGAAGGCAUCGUGCCCAGUGCUGUGCCCAUGGCGCACACCCUCCCGCCUGCUGUCACACAUCCUCCUCAUGCCCCGUCUCCUGGACAAAAUACUGUCAAGCCACCAGAGGGCGACAGAGAGCAGCACCCAAAUGACCAACUGUAGCCGCACACACAUACGAUUGCCCCGUGUUGUCUGGAGACUGGAGGAUCAUGGCGAUAAGUUCCCUAGUGACAGGUUGUUGUCAGACAGGUUUACAGAGUGUCAGAUGGACAGGUUGAGGUCCCAAUUAUGAUCGAUUUACAACUUUGGCAUUGGUUCCCAGCAGCCAGUUCACACUCCAAAGAGGAAGAAGAUGAUGACCAUAAAAAGGAUGAGGGUGAGAGGAUGUCUGUCUGAUUCUCAAAAAUAGAGCAAAGACAGGCGUCCAGAGAAAGACUGUUAACAUGCACACAUUAUCUUCUCGUUACAACUACAGAGCGGUCCGCUUUUCUCUGCCAGAAGUUCAAAGAUAGAUGAACUAUCUGUUGAUUUGGUAAGAAAAAAUCUGAAUCGAGUUCUGCUGUUUUAGACUGUAGUGAGUCUGAAGUUAGAGGGGCCUGUUUCAUGUCUUUCUCUCUUUUUCUGUGUCCUUUCCUUAGUUUGAUGUACAAGCAAAAGUAGUAGGUUAUGAAAUGAAUGUAACCUGUCUGUGUACAGUUUUUAGACUUACCACCAGAAGAUUCAGAUAUUUGUAUUCCAGUCUAAACAAAAACAAAGGUUAUGUGAUCUCUAUGUAGCCUAACUGGUUUGAGAAUACAAGAUUUGUUUUUUAUGUGUUUCCCCAAAUUAACAAGCCCCCAAUCCCCUAAAAAAAAGAGGCAGCUUUUUGCACACCAUCUCAGGAAAUUCAGUUUCCGCGGUUGGUAUAUUAUUUUUUACAUUUUUUUGUUUUAAUGCCACUUAGUGCUUUUGUUUUUCUACCUGCUUGCCUUUUUUGUGUCCUGCUACAUUAGAAAAAGAACUUUAACGCAAGCUAAAGUUUAUCUAAUGUCUGUUUUUGUUUGUUAUGUUUAAGGGGAAUGUGAAUUUGCUCUUGGGACUUGUGUAAAUGUUUGACCCAAAUUGAAGGGGUUUUGGAAGAAAAGGCUGUAGGGAGGUGGCGUAAUGGUAUGCUUGGCUGGAAAGGCCCUGGGUUAGUGUUGGGGUAAAUCACUUUGAAGGAGAAGGCAGGUUGUGGAUGAUGCACUGAGUUUGUAGCAGUCAACAGUUUGAGAAACUGUCUCAAAAGAGGUUAUAAAUCUUUGUCUUCUUUGUGUCUGAUGAUCCAGUACUUCCAUCUAUGAACUGUCCUGGUUAAAUAAGACAGCAUGCAAAGGGUUCAAAAUUGAUACAAAAGAUGUUUAACCAUCUGGUUAUGGAGCAAAAAGACCUGUGAGAAGAAGCUGUAUCAACAAACCAGUUUUGCCACAGUUGGGCAUUUUGCUGGAACAGCUCCUAUUUGAAGUUCGACCCUCUUGUACAGAUGUCACAGUCAGUUAAGGGCAGUUGUUGAUUAUAUGGAUUGUCAGUUUGAUCAACUUUUUGAAAAAAGGGAACAACCCAUGAUCAAACUUUGGUUUAAAAGCAUGUCAGGAUUUACUGAUUCCUUUUAUUUUAGGUCUAGUAUCCCUUUAACAUUUCACUAUGGGUCCUUCCUGGGUAUACCGUUCAGCCACCCUCUGUGGCCUCUAUGUCUAUGUGUACAUAUGGUGUUCUGCCUGCCUGUGUCAAUGUGACUUGGUCGUAUCUGUGUCUAAAAAAGCAGCACUGGGAGGAGGGGUAAGGAAGAGUUCUCUCCACAAAGCAUCAUUACAAAGACUGCCAUUAAAAUACACCACAGGAAGUACUAAGAAUACACACAAACACCAAAAACAAACCGAGCCGGUACUUGAUGCAUUUACUGGUUACAUUCCAACAAUGCAAAGAAAAUGCUGAUACUGUUAGAUCAGUUAUAAAUGAUCUGAAAAUGUUUCCAAAUUGGAAUAUUUAUCACUGAUUUCAGUUCUUGUGUUGUUGCUGUUAGCAUGCCAGCUAAGUGGCGGUGCUUUUUGGAUCCCCCUUCUACCAGCAGCUGAGUAGUAAAAACAGUUCACUGUUGCCUACCUGGUCUUCUUCACGGUGAGGUAGUAAGAGUAGCAAUCAGGGAUGGGAAUUUCACUAGCCACUGGUGAGGGUAAGCAUGAAGGCUGUGUUCACGCACGUAAGGUACUGAAAUGACUUCUAAAUCUCACUGUCAGACUAGAGCCCAAAAUCUAAACUGCAAUGCCGGGAUAUGUUGAACUUUGCUCUUACACUCUUUGCUGAUACUUCCUGAUCAACACUGUAAGCAUUCCUUAUUCAAACCGAUGGGUGCCACAAGUUCAAACAACAGACUAGCUUUUUGAGAGUCAAGGUGCUCCUUGAAAUUCCAUCCCUGGUAGUAACACACAGUCCACUGUUGCCUACCUUGGUCCCCUUUAUGGUAAAGUAGUAGGCGUAGCAAUAUACAGUAUACAUAUUCUAUAUUCUACAGUAAAUAUCAUUAUUUUUGGUCAAAACUGACAACCUGACAAAGAUAUGUUUGUGACUGUAUGCAUUUGUAUGAAUUAUUUUAAAAGGAAAUAAACUGUGGAAAGGUGACG